AUGGUGAAAUUCUUCCCCGAAAUCUCACCAGACCUAGCAGAAUGGGCGAUGAAGCAACAAGUAUUCUUCGUAGCGUCGGCGCCCCUGCAUGGCAAACACAUCAACCUGUCACCCAAGGGUCUGCCCUCGUCAUCAUUCAGCAUCCUGACGCCGAACCUGUGCGCGUACGUCGACGCUACGGGCUCCGGCAUCGAGACCAUCUCGCACAUCCAGGAGAACGGCCGCUGCACCGUCAUGUUCUGCUCGUUCGACACCAGUCCCCGCAUCAUGCGGUUUUUCUGCACGGGCCGCGUCGUGGCGUGGAAUGAUGUUGGGUUUGAUGGCUGGUUGGAGCGUAUGGGUGGGAAGAAGGUCACGGGCGCGAGGGCCGUCGUCGUGUUGGAUGUUUAUAAGGCCCAAACAUCAUGCGGCUUUGCAGUCCCCUACCUGUCGCUGAAGCCCGACCCGAAAGACGCCUCCAAACAACUCCCCUACCUCGAAGACCGGCAGACGCUGGGCCACUGGGCGGGCAAGCAGAUCGAGAACGCGACGAUGCACGAGUACCGCGCGAACUGGAACCGGCGGUCGCUGGACGGCCUGCCGGGGCUGCGGGUUGCGAGAAAGGAUUUUGGCGAGCGCCUGUGGCUCGGCGAUGUCGGUGCGCAGGUCAGGAAGCGGAACGGCGUGCUGCUCGUUCUUGUCGCGGUUUUGUCGUCGUUGGGGACGGUGCUUGCGUUGUGGGGUUUGGGGGCGUUGGAUUUUUCAAGGAUCUUGCUGCGGACGCAGAGUGGGAGCUCGCUUAUCGGUGGUGGGAAUCCGUAUUGGUGA